AUGUUUUUCCCACGGAACCAAAAACAAGAGGCCUAUCCGGCCGUCCCCGACUCCCUCAGGUCGGACUCGCUCGAGAUGUCGGAACUUAGAAAGACGCAACAAGCGCGAGCCGACACUGAUCCCUACAUCACGCCAUACCUCAGUCUCCAGGCCAGGCUCUCCCAGAUCUGGCUGAACCGGUGGACGAUCCUGCUCUUGCUCGUCCUCGCCAGAGUCUUGCUGCUCGUCGUCAGCCUCAACGACAAUGUCGACGAAGCGAAUCAGAAGGCGCUCUCGGCUUGCACAAAGGUCGAAGAUAUUGGCAGCGCCAUGGCGUCCAUGCCUCACUACCUCUCCGUUGGCGUGAACGAGCUAUCGGCCCAAGGCAUCGAGAAGACACUCGACGGCAUGGUCGCCGUGCUCGGUUUGGUCAUCACCGGUGUCCAGAACCUCAUCAUCUUCGUCAUCAAUAUGCUGACCUCGAUGUACACCUGCCUCAUCACCGCCUUCAUCCACGGCGGACUUGAUGUCGCUUCGGAUGUCACAAAGAAGUUCACCGAUGCCAUGAACAAUGCAGUGGGCAAGAUUUCCAACGUCAUCGACAGCGAGUCCAAGAGCGUGAGCGACGGCAUCAACAAGGCUGUCGAUGCCAUUGAGAACUCUGUCCUCGGCAACGUCCUGCCCGACUUUCCCAAGGUUGACUUUUCGGGACCCGUCAACGACCUGCGCGACCUGAAAAUCGACACCAGUGGCUUCGUCAGCGAUCUCAACAACCUCAACAACAACAUCCCUACUUUCGAAGAGGUCCAGAACAUGACCGCCGAGGCCAUCUCGUUCCCGUUCAACCUCCUCAAGACGACGGUUGAAAACGCCUACAAGGGCUACAGAUUCGAUCGCUCUGUCUUCCCCGUCGCCCAGAAGCAGGCGCUCACGUUCUGUUCGACCAACAACAGGAUUUCCGAGUUCUUUGACGGCCUACGGGACAUGAUCCGGAAGGCCCGCAUCAUCUUCAUCGUCGUUCUCUGCAUCCUCGCCGUGCUGGUCAUGGCGCCCAUGGCGUGGAUGGAGAUCAGACGGUGGAGGCGCGAGCGGAAACACGCAAAGAUCAUGGCCAGCAACCAGUACGACUCGAUGGACGUGGUCUACAUCGCCUCCCGACCCAUGAGUGCCACCUGGGGCAUCAAGAUUGCAUCCCACUUCAAGGGCAGGCGCCAGAUCCUUGUGCGCUGGGCCAUUGCAUACGCCACGUCGCUUCCAGCUCUUUUCGUCCUGGCUCUUGCCAUCGCCGGCUUCUUCUCCUGCCUUUGUCAGUACCUCCUCCUCAGGGCAGUCGAGAGAGAAGUGCCUGCGCUCGCCAAUCAAGUGGGCGCGUUCGCCGGCGAAGUCGUCAACUCGCUGGAGGACGUUUCCAGGUCAUGGGCCAGCGACGCCAAUGGUGUCGUGCUGUCCACGCAGAACGAAAUCAACAACGACAUGCUCGGAUACGUCACCAACGCCACCUCGGCGGUCAACGACACGUUGAACACGUUCACCAGCACCAUGGCAACCGGGCUGGAGACGGUGUUCAACGGCACCAUCCUCAUCAACCCCAUCAAGGACGUCGUCCGCUGCACCAUCGGGCUCAAGAUCGAGGCUGUGCAAAAAGGACUGACGUGGGUUCACGACCACUCGCAGGUGGCGUUCCCUCUGUUUCCCAACGACACGUUUAGCCGCGGGGCCGAAGAGUCCGUCUCGGGGGAUUCGGACCUCCAGACGUUCCUUGCGUCCCCGUCAUCCGUGUCAACGGACGAAGUCACGGGUGCCAUAACGCACGUCACAGAUAUUCUCCGCCGUGGCAUCAUCCAAGAGGCUCUCAUCUCGACAGGGAUCCUCCUCGUCUACGUCAUUGUCGUCCUCAUCGGUGUGAUGCGCGCUCUGGUUGGCAUGGCCAUGCCAGACAAAGGCCGCAGCGAGGGCGGAUUGCGCUACACAGGGGACGACCGCCCGGCCAUGAGCCCGAGAAGCCCUCCCAGAUCCCGCGACAACGACUCGCGAUUCCCUCAAUUCGGCAGCGAUGCAUCUGCAGUGGAUGAUGAUCACUAUGGCGAGUUCCGAGAUGAGAAGGCGGUCAAGAAGACGAGCGUACAAGGUCGCAGAGUGCAGCCCAUGGAGGGCCAUCAAAGACAAAGCUCGUACGGCCACCUCGACACAGCGUCAUCUAACAAGUUCUAG